AUGUCUGCAGUAAGGCGCAUUGUUUUAUUUAGUUGUCUAGUAAGUGCUGGGGCGGUCCCAAUACUCGAUGGUCAAGGCAAAAACUAUGCCAUUUCUGUAGCCAAGUUGGGGGAGCUGUUCAACUACGAUGAAGAGCUGGUAGACAUGCUCGAGAGCUUUGCGGACGAGUUGGAGGAACGAGUGCUGGUUUUGAACAACUAUGUAGAGCAGAUGCGCGAAAGGCUGGACCAAGCAGAGGUGGAAGGCCAAGAGAAGUAUCUUUCGAACCCCGUUAAUGCCGUCAAUCUGAUGCGACAUAUGCAUGCGGACUGGCACAACUGGGUAUUGUAUCUGGAACAGCAGGAGUCAGCAUUGGCACAUGCCGCCAAGAUAAGUGCAAUGCAGGCCCAGCUGCCUUCUGCCAGAGAUUUAAGAGAAGCCAACGUGGCUAUACAGCGUUUGCAGGAAACAUACAAUUUAACGGGCUCCGACAUAGCUGUGGGACUCUUGCAAGGCAAGCAAUAUAACGCCUCACUCACCCCCUUGGACUGUUAUGCCAUGGCGCAGUAUUAUUUGAAACAAAAGAGCUAUGAACUGGCUGCGCCCUGGCUUAAGGCAACCUUGAAGCUCUAUCUGAGUAACUCGACCCAAUGGGAUCUCUAUAAAGAACUAGGUCUGCCCAUCACUGAAGUCAGUGCACUAUUAGCAGAUGUCCAGUUGCGUUUAGAGCAACCCGAGGUGGCGAUCAAAAUAAUCGAAGCUGGCCUGGACAAAUGGCCAAAUGAUUCAGCUUUGGUCAUAGCUUACAAUAAGUUGCUAAGAAAACUACGCAUACUACCAAAGCCGCCUCCAACUGCUGACAACAAGUCUCAGUUCCCAGUCAAGCCGUUGCCAGAAAAAAAGAGUCCUGCGCUGACUGUCUUGCAACGUUGUUGCUCCACCGAAUGUCGCAGGGAUGCGCGUUUGUUCUGUCUCUAUGACACUGAUGCUUCGCCUUUUCUGCGACUGGCCCCUUUUAAAAAGGAAAUGCUUUCCCAGGAUCCCUAUGUGGUGCUGUACUACGAUGUCCUGUAUACGCAGGAGAUGUCCGAGCUGCGGCAACUGGCCCAGCCCAGUCUGGAGCGGGCUGUUACCUACAAUGAAUCAUUGGAUAUACAUUCGGAGGAUACUGCACGUACUACAAAAGGGUAUUGGCUAGAGUCUAACAGCAACAACCUGACGGAGCGUAUAGACCAACGAAUUAAGGAUAUGACCAACUUUAAUCUGGCUGAAUCGGAGCCGUUUCAGAUCAUGAACUAUGGUAUUGGCGGCCACUAUGAGAAACAUUUCGACUUUUUCAAUAGCACGGAUGUCGUUUCCGGAGAUCGCUUGGUCACGAUGUUGUUCUACCUAAGCGGUGUGGAGCAAGGAGGUGCCACAAUAUUUACAGAACUAGAGCUAAGCAUAUACCCAGUGCCAGGUGCAGUGCUAAUGUGGUACAAUCUUAAUCCCUGCAAUGGAACUGGCGAUAGACGAACAAAGCACGCCGCCUGUCCAACCCUGGUCGGUUCCAGAUGGGAGAUGUGGUUUGCGAAACAGUUGUUUGCUUGUGCAGCAUUAUGUUCGGCACUUGUCUGGGCCACUCCAGAGCCGGAGCUGGAGCCGGACCCAGAGCUAGAGCCGGACCCUCCAGGGUAUGCUACUUCAGUGGUGGCUAUGCGGCGACUACUUGCCCUCGAUUCGGAGCUGCUACAGCAAUUGGAGGACUAUGCUGAAGAUCUGCAAGAAAAGGUUAAUGUUAUGCGCCUCCAUAUCGAAGAAAUGCGCAAAAAGCAGGCUGCCGCGAAGCCUAACCGGGAGCAGUACUUAUCCAAUCCGGUGAACAGCUAUUCGCUUAUUCGUCACAUGCACGAGGACUGGACACGCUGGCGCAUGCUAAUGGAACAGCCCAUGGGGACAGAUCAAAUAGCGAAGAUACGUUCUUUGCUUCCCCAGCUGCCCACUGAGGACGAUUUUGACGAUGCGCUGAGUGGUAUUCUGCGUUUGCAGAGGACUUAUGGUGGGAGUGUACGGAAUUAUAGUGAGGGCGUGUUGGCUGGUGUGCCUUACGAUGUGAAGUUCGGUCCACUGGAAUGUCUGGAAAUAGGACAAUAUGCAUUUGAUGAACAACACGAUACUUUAGCAAGGCAGUGGUUAAGUGUAUCGCUUGAAGCCUAUUCGAAACUUGACGAAAUGGAACGCAAUAUCUACAAAGCGUUGAACUACGACUUGACCUAUGUGUUCAGACUUUAUGCAGAUGCAGCUUGGACUAUUGGCCAUGCUGAGGAGUCUCUCAUCGCUAUAAAUGCAGCACUGCACUACGAACCCGACGAUAUUUAUCUGAAGGCAGCUCAGAGUGGGUUGGUGGAGCACUUAAAAGAGAAUCCACCUGGAGAGAAAACGCCAAAAGCAGCUGAAGAAAGCUAUAACUAUUCCACUUGGUGCCACCCCGACUUUCGCAGGCCAACCCGCCUGCAUUGCCGUUAUAGCAGCGACAACGCUCCUUUUCUGCUACUAGCUCCCCUAAAACUAGAACAGCUCUCACUCGACCCUCCCAUAGUGCUUUACCAUGACGUGCUACACAAUAAGGAGCUCGUACAGCUGCAAGAACUGGCCACACCACUACUUAUACCCACCGAGACCGCCGAUGGAGUCGACGGACACCAAAUGACUCGGAUCGAUGUUCGCAGCACCCAAGGCACUUGGCUGCCCCGCGACAUAAGCCCGAUAAUUGGAAGUAUCGAGCGUCGUGUAGAGUACAUGACCAACUUUUCCAUGACGAAUGCCGAUAGUUCCCAGGUGAUGAACUACGGCAUAGGCGGCCAUUAUUUCGAACAUGCAGACUACUUCAAUGAUGCUUCACUUGUAAGAGCAAGAAAAGGCUGGGGCAAUCGCAUCGCCACCAUAAUCUUCUACCUGAGUGAUGUUGAACAUGGAGGUGCCACUGUCUUCACCAAGCUGGGCAUUGCUCAGCAGCCACAGAAAGGAGCCGCACUCUUUUGGCACAACUUAAACAAUCAAGGGCAGAACGAUCCACGCACCUGGCAUACCGCUUGUCCUGUACUAAAAGGCUCCAAAUGGAUCAUGUCCAAUUGGAUAAUGGAAGCGGAACAGAUGUUCCGAAAACCCUGCCCAGCCCGUAAAUAGAAUUUGUCUUGGCUGGCUAGUGGCUGUAGAUAAUUUUUGUAUUUUGCAUAAUAAAACUCUUAAGUAAAUACUUAUAAAUACAAUAAUAAUAAAUGUAAACAAUUUGAUUUCGAAAAGAUAA